CAAACACCAAAAAUUGCAAGGCUGCGUCUGCACUAUAAAAGUGCUACUUGGGAAUUAACCUCCAACCUUCUAUCACAGCCUCGCCUGGAACUCCCUGCUUUCUCCUCCAUCCUCCAUUCUCCCUCCCCUAAUCGACAGACACAACACAUCCCCAGACCAUCCACACGUCCACCAUGACUGAGACGCCUCCUGCGAAGAGGAAAUGUUCUGGUAGCGAUUGCGACAAUGAUGCGGGCACCUUGCAAUGCCCGACCUGUCUGAAGCUGGGGAUGAAGGAGAGCUAUUUUUGUUCCCAAGACUGCUUCAAGAAAAAUUGGGUACGUCGACGUCCCAAUUUUGCGUCGCCCUUGCUGUCGCCAUACCCAUAUCCAUCUGCGCGAGACCCAAGAACCCCCACUAACCUUUUGCAGUCGACACACAAGGCCGCGCAUAAAUCCCAAAGUAGCUUCCUCAGCAAUAUUUUUACCCCCAACGUUGUUUCUAAACCUGACCCAGAUACCGGCACUUACAAUCCCUUCCCGACCUUCCCAUACACGGGCGCCUUACGGCCUGUCUACCCUCUGUCCGAAAGACGGGUGGUUCCCAAAUUGAUACCAUAUCCCGAGUACUGGAAGGAUGGCGUUCCACAUAGUGAGAUGACAUUUGUUGGGCGAACGAAGAUUGAGAUCCUGGACGAGAAGAAACGAGAAGGUAUGCGAAAGGUUUGCCGGUUGGCAAGAGAAGUCUUGGAUAUUGCUGCAAGAGCAGCUGUGCCAGGUGUGACCACGGAUUAUAUUGACGAGAUCGUCCACAAGGCCUGCGUGGAGAGAGAUGUAGGCUUGCCAGUACAUUAUUCGAGGCUUACAUACUAAUGAACACAGUCCUAUCCAUCGCCGCUCAACUACAGCAACUUUCCAAAGUCCGUUUGCACGUCAGUAAACGAGGUCAUCUGUCACGGUAUCCCCGAUCAACGAGUAUUAGUAGACGGUGAUAUUCUCAACAUCGAUGUAACUUUAUACCACGGAGGUUUCCACGGAGAUCUAAACGAAACAUAUUAUAUCGGAGAUAAAGCAAAAGCAAAUCCAGACGCCGUCCGAGUGGUAGAGGCCGCACGAGAAUCCUUAGAUUUGGCAAUCAAGCUGGUGAAGCCAGGUGGAUUAUUCCGAGAAUACGGAAAUGUCAUUGAGAAGCACGCAAAGUCGAAAAAAUGCAGUGUAAUUCGAACAUAUUGUGGUCACGGCAUCAACAGCAUGUUCCACUGCUCGCCAAGUAUUCCACAUUAUGCCAAGAACAAGGCUGUGGGUGCUGCAAAGGAAGGAAUGUGCUUUACUAUUGAACCGAUGAUCGCUUUAGGGACAUAUAGGGAUAAGACAUGGCCUGAUGACUGGACGAGUGUCACUCAAGAUGGGAAAAUGACUGCACAAUUCGGUACGUUUUGACAUUCUGGGAAAAGGGUGCCAUGGAGAGAACAUUUACUAACAAGACGCAGAACAUACUUUGUUGGUCACGAAGGAUGGAGUUGAGGUUUUGACAGCGCGACUUCCGGAUUCUCCUGGUGGACCUAUUCCAAUGCCUUCAUCGGAAGAGAAGAAACCUGAAGUGAACGGUGAAGCAACCCCACAAUGA